CUUACAACUAACUGCCUUGGUGUUUCAUUUUCUCACGUACGUCCGUUGUUUCGAGUACCCGAGUACAUGUGCACCUAGGUAUCCAUUUAUACCUCAGCUACGAGUGGGAAACAUUGGCACUAUGCGGCUGGCCUGUGUCGACGGUGAUGGGGAGAUUGUAGAUUUCGAGAACGCUUUGCAGCAACAACCGUAUACUAUUCGUGGAUUGCUCGCGGAUGCACUAGCUCACUGCUACCGCAUUCUUCCCGACUCCUUGGAGUUUCUACGAGCCGAAGGGGAGGUCCGUGAAGCGCUCCGAACUUUUCAAGGUGACCAGGAUAGAUACGCAAGAGGUUACGUUCUUUCGCGGACGCUCGAUAGUCGUGCCCAGCAGACACCUAGGGCUGACCUCAUCCUGUUGGCGCUUCAUCGUGGUGGUCCCCUUGCCUUAGUUGGCAUGUUUUACGCUACUAUCGACGCACACCGCAAGCCAAGUCACCGCGAUACCCUAGACUACCUCCUGAAUAGGGCGACUGAUGAAUCCAAGCUCCAACUGAUCAUGCGGUCAAGCACCUUUCCAUGCAACCCGUCCAUAAGCAGUUGGCUUGUCCGCAUAUUCGAAAGGCUACGACCCAAUGCACAGAACUUAGCCUGUAUCUUACGAUGUCUCGGCACGUCAAACGUACCUCAAGCCCUGUUUCGCCGUCUGUGGAUGUCUUCCCUGUCCUGGGGCGCUAACGGGGAACCUGUUGAAAGCAAAGCCCAUAUGAUCAAAUCCGUAUCUGAUGAGCGGAAGUUUACGGACGCUCUCCGUGAUCUAGAAUAUGUUGGAUUCAUACGAAUAUCCCCCACCACUAUUGACCUUGAUAUGCGCAUUUCCGAAUUCCUCCGGUUGGAAUUUGAGGACCCCCGUUGGAUCGCUGAAGCUGUACGUAUCCUGGCGCAUGCUUUUCCCAAGCACCGCCCCCUUGAGCCUACAAGUUACAUAGAAAUGUGCAAAAUCUUGCAGCCCCCGCUUGAGACUGUCUUUUCUUACUUGAAGCAUGUGCCACUUGGGUCGCUUGCUGUCGAGAGGCAGUGCCUCGAGCAGUUCAUCGAGGUAUGCCUAUCCGCUUCGUAUUUCCGGGACAAGCCCUGGAAACUCAAAGCAAUCUCUAUCGUCAUGGAAGCGUCUAGUGUCCUAAAACACUCUUUCUCUGAAAACUCAUUUCUAACAGCAGCGAUUGAUGUAAGAAAGUCAUCUCUAUCUCUCAUCUACCAGGAAAGGAGUCAAAAAGUGAGUCGUAUUGUUAUACCAACAGUAGAUCAUCGAUCUCGCGCGCUUUCCGCGGAUGUAGCUAUCUUGAAUGCUCGCGAAUGCGUCAGUCUCUCUACGCUAGCAUCAGCGUUGGAGUAUCUUGCAGGUUUUGAUCCUUCGUGGCAGGGCUGCGUGUCAACGUUGGGAGCAAUACAGGGGAGGGAGGUGAUAUUAAUGCGUGCCAGGAUUUUGCGGUUCACAGGUCGUUUCCAAGAAGCUUAUGCUCUCAUCGAAACCAUGCCACCGGAUGAUCGGACGUUGCCAAUUAUUGGCGCUCUCCUAUGCGAGCUAGGCAGGUGUGAUGAAACUAUUCGUCUACUAAGCACGCAGGUGACGGGCAGAGGGGGCAUUGUUCGAGUCAGGAUCGCGUUGGCUCACGCUUAUCUGCUAAAAUGUAUGCAGUGUCAUGUCCAAGAUCAACCGUUGGAUUGGCGCUCGCUGCAAGUCACUCGCACAAUGUUCCAGGAGCUACUCAGUGGGUUUAAAGCUGCUUCCUAUUUCAGCCGAAUGGAUCAUCUCUCGAUCUUGAUUGGUAUAGCUACAAUCCACCACAUGGAUGGACAGUUAGAUUACGCUCUGGAAGGCUGGCAGAAAGCUCUCGCUGCUUCUCAACAAUAUCUCUCCCCAGGAUAUACAGAUAUGAUAAUUUACUACUCGAUGAGUGAGUUGGAGAGCAGGCGGGCAGCUUCUGCUCGAUCAGACAUGCUUGAAAAUCAAGCGAGAGAUCUUUUCGCCAGAACGGGACGCCAAUAUCACUUUGUUGGCCUCGGAUCAAUGUGGCCAGAAAUUAUUGGCAAAUCAUUGGUCGCGCGCGGUCGGCGACCUGUAAUUCCUUUAAUGAUACAUCAAACCUAAUUCAUGUUGGAUAGGUAUAUUAUAAUUAUGAUGGAGACAUACUACCUGGUCUGGAAAGCCUUUCCGGGUUUCCUUCCGAGUCAAUCCCGCAAUCUAUGCGAACAACAGUCCGUCUUUUUGAUCCCGAGUGUAACCACUACGCAUGACGGGAAUAACCAACUUAGGCGUCAAAGUUGAAUACAACUUCACCUUAUUUCAUAAUACCG